AUGAUCGUGAUCGUCCCGGCUGGAGAACAUCGUUGGACGACCUCACACUAUCAGUUAACGGAAACCGGCUGCUCAAUGAAGAACGCAGCUGUUCCGUUGCCGUAUUCUUCGACAGUAAUCGCGGCGCCUGAUGACUUUCAGGCAACAGAAGAAAAGGCAAGAGCACAACUUUUACGCGAGAUGAACACCCAGGUAGCAUCAACAAUGGUUGCCCAUAUUGCCAAGAAGACAUCGCCAGAGCCGCAGAAAAGCCCAUCCGCCUCUUCAUCGGCCAGCGACACGGCAUCAUCUGUAGCAUCAUCAUUAUUCGGACCUGUUCUACCUCCCCCUCCGCCACUUUCUAUUGCACCAGCCGGCCUUCCUGCACCCAAACCGGUGAAAAUUUUUGCACAACCAAUGGCCAUCAAACAAGAUGCCACAGAGGUCGAAGAUGAUGUGAACGAGCCGACAGAUCUCAGCGCCAAGACGUCGGCUUUUGCAGCUUUGGGACAGAAAAAACGUUCAGACGAGGUCGAAAAUGAGAUAGACCAGAAACCUCCAUCUACACCACGACAUUUCACGUUGCGUAAUGUUGAUGAGAGGAAAAUCAACGCACAGUGUCACGUAUGCGAAUUUUAUGGGGCACUUAGAGGAAUCCUGCUCGAACAAAAGGAACGGAGACUGGAAUCCAAUGAUCUCUUCAACAGCAAGCAGAAAAUCAAAGAAGAUAAGGACAAUUUAUGGUCUUGGCGAGACAAAACAGUUGAAUCAUCGUUGGUCAACAUGGACAGGGAAGCCUAG